UUCUAUCUUUUUAGCAUUAUUUUCAUUGUAGAAAAUUUUUGGAACUUUUACACUAAGCCCCCUUGGCCACAUAAUCCUGGAUCCGCCACUGGUUGAGUGUCUAUGUCAUGCUCUCUUUUUACAACCACUCCCAGGUGGACCUCUGUGUGUUUAAAAUCUCAGCUACCCUCUACCUCUAGCGUAUCAAUUUCAGCUUUAUUAAAUAAAAAAAUUAAAAAUAAAAAUAAAAAUCUCAUAUUUAUUUCCCAUUGCAAUCAAAAUCAUCACUGAGAAAACCAACCAUGGACUUUACAAAAUGGUGUAGGACUAUGAUCACCCAUAUAUUGCUCAUCUUCCUUGUUCUUCUCCCUUCUUGCAUUUUUUCCCUUGACACCAUUACGCCAAACCAACCCCUCAGAGACGGCGACGUUUUGGUGUCUAGCAAGAAAAUCUUUGCACUUGGGUUCUUCAGUCCCGGCAAUUCUCAGAAACGCUAUGUUGGAGUUUGGUACAACAAAGUUCCAGAGCAAACCAUCGUCUGGGUUGCAAACAGAGACAACCCUGUCACUGAUACCUCUGGCCUCCUAGCCAUUAACAGCCAUGGCGGCCUUGUCAUCUACUGGAAGAACCAAAGCAGCCCUCUUUGGUCCGCUAAUGUCACAGUCUCUUCACCAAACAACUCCACAGCCAAGCUCUUGGAUACAGGGAACCUUGUUUUGCUUGAAAACGGUAGCCAAAGUCCUCUCUGGCAAGGCUUUGAUUAUCCCUCUAACACACUGCUCCCAUUUAUGAAACUUGGGCUGGACCGGCGGUCCAAGCUGAACCGGUUUCUCACAUCCUGGAAGUCCAAAGAUGACCCGGGAACUGGUACCUGUUCGUAUGGGAUUGACCCAAGUGGGUUUCCGCAGCUGUUUUUAUACAAGGAUCAUGCCCCGCGCUGGCGUGCCGGGGCACCUGGGGCAUGGAGCGGGGAGAGAUGGAGCGGUGUGGCCAAAAUGAACGUCACUUUUGUGAACAAUCAAGAUGAGCUAUCUGUCGUGUUUACUAUCACGGAUGAAUCAAUUUUCUCGCGGAUGGUGCUUGAUGAAUUAGGAAUCGUUGAACGGUCCACGUGGCAUAAUCAGGUGCACCAGUGGGUCAAGUUUUGGUCGGCUCCGGAAGAGCAAUGUGAUGUAUAUGGGAAGUGUGGUGCAAAUAGCAAUUGUGACCCGUCCAGUGCGGAUAAGUUCGAGUGCACGUGCCUACCCGGUUUCGAACCCAAGCUGCUCCACGAAUCGUAUUUGCUAGACGGGUUGCAUGGGUGCGUGAGUACAGAAGGAGCGUCCCUUUGUCGAAACGGGGAAGGGUUCGUGAAGGUGCCACGUGUAAAGGUGCCAAACUCGUCGGCAGCACGUGUGAACUUGAGUAUGGGUCUGGAAGCGUGCAAAGCAGAGUGCUUGAGGAAUUGUUCUUGCAUGGCGUACUCAAAUGCAGAUGAAAGAAAGGGAGGGAUCGGGUGCGUGACAUGGCACGGGGACUUGGUGGACACGAGCACUUAUUCGAAUGUGGGUCAAGAUUUAUAUGUUCGAGUUAAUGCAACUGUUUUAGCACAAUAUGCAAUGAAGUCAAAUGGUUCUCUUGGCCGUAAGGGGAAGCUGGCAGUUUCACUAGCAUCUGGUCUAGUGUUCUUUCUCUUGUUCUGCAUUGUGUUUGGGCUGGCAAAGAGGAAGAGAAAAGGUAAACAAAGACAACAUAAGUUUGCACUUAGACUUGCUACAGGGUCAGCCUACUUGGAAGACUCUUCUGUAGAUGUUGAUGAAAUUGAUGAAAGUAGAAUAAACUCAGAUUUACCAUUCUUUGAUCUACCAACCAUAACAGCAGCCACCAACAAUUUCUCCGUCGAAAACAAGCUUGGAAAAGGCGGUUUUGGCUCAGUCUAUAAGUACUUUCAGGGUGUGCUUUAUAAUGGAAAGGAAGUAGCAGUGAAAAGACUAUCGAAGCAUUCUGGUCAAGGAGUUGAAGAGUUUAAGAAUGAAAUUGUACUAAUCGCAAAACUCCAACACCGGAACCUUGUGAGGAUCUUAGGUUGCUGCGUUCAAGAUGAAGAGAAGAUGCUAAUCUAUGAAUACUUGCCAAACAAGAGUUUAGACUCUUUCAUUUUUAAUGAGACAAACAAAGCACUUUUAGAUUGGACAAGAAGAUUUGAGAUUAUUUGUGGGAUUGCUAGAGGGGUCUUAUAUCUUCAUCAAGAUUCAAGAUUGAGGAUCAUCCAUAGAGACCUAAAGGCCAGCAACAUUUUGCUGGAUUCUGCUAUGAACCCCAAAAUUGCAGAUUUUGGCAUGGCAAGAAUAUUUGGAAGAGACCAAAAUGAAGCGAGUACAAAUCGUGUGGUCGGAACAUAUGGUUAUAUGUCACCAGAGUAUGCAAUGGAAGGACUAUUCUCAGUAAAGUCUGAUGUAUAUAGUUUUGGCGUUUUACAACUAGAAAUCAUUACUGGCAGAAAAAAUUCCGGUUACUACCACGAGAAAUAUCCCGACUCGAAUUUGGUUGGCCAUGUUUGGAACUUGCGGAGAGAAGGUAAAGUCUUGGAAAUCGUUGGUUCAUCUCUGGCUCAAUCAAACCAUGUGAAUGAAGUUGUGAGAUGCAUUCAAAUUGCCCUCUUGUGUGUGCAAGAGUAUGCCACUGACCGGCCAACCUUGUCAGCAGUUGUUUUCAUGCUAGGUAAUGACACAGAAGUACCUUCACCAAAACAACCUGCAUUUUUAUUGAAGAGAAGUUAUAACAGUGUAGACCCAUCAACCAGCAAUGAAGGGGCCAAUUCUAUAAAUGAUGUGACAUGUACACAAGUAGAAGCUCGGUAAAGGCCUAGGAUCCAAAAUGCUAGGGGUGAGCUUAAAAAUAAUGUUACCCGUUAAGCUACCUACAGCAG